UCAAAAAAAUGUUAGUCCACUUGUAACGAUCAAAGAGCGGUGAACAUCGAGGAGAGGUCGUGGAGGAAUUUACCAUCUAGCCACCAUCGCCGUUCGCCAAUUACACCAUGGCUGAUACCGAAAAGGCGCCGCAGGCACAGCCGCAGCCCCAACCGCAACAACAGCAGGAAUCUGAGCAACAACCGCAACAAGCUAAAGCGGUUAAACAAAAGCAGGUCAUUGCUGAAAAAGUUUCGGGCACCGUGAAAUGGUUCAAUGUGAAGAGUGGAUAUGGUUUCAUCAAUAGGAAUGAUACGAAGGAGGAUGUGUUCGUACAUCAAACAGCAAUCGCCCGUAACAACCCACGCAAGGCUGUGCGUUCGGUCGGCGACGGCGAGGCAGUGGAGUUUGCCGUAGUGGCCGGGGAGAAAGGCUACGAAGCAGCUGGAGUCACCGGCCCCGGCGGUGAGCCGGUCAAGGGCUCACCAUAUGCUGCCGAUAAACGUCGCGUCUACCCUAGCCAAUACUACUCUCGGCGGGGAGGCGGACGUGGUGGCGAGGGCGCUCCACGCAGAGGGGGCAUGGGACGUCGCGGACCACCCCCGCAGAACCAGGGGGGUGCGCAGGGGGAUGAGGGACAGGAUGGCGCUGGAGCUGGUGCACCACAACGCAGCUACUUCCGCCGCAACUUCCGAGGCGGUCGUCGCGGCGGCGGCGGGCCGCGACCGGUGUACCGCGGCGGGUACCGUUACGUGCGCAUGCGUGUCAACCAGAACGGCCAGCCCCAGGGACAAGCUCCGCGCCAGAACCAACAGGAGGGGGACGGGCAGCCUGCAGCUCCGGCACCUAGCCAGCCCAAGACCAAGCCAGCACCCAAGGCCGGUGCCACCAUCGAGGUCACCACCAACGAGAGCCAGGCUUAAGUCAAUCGGCUGCGGCACACUCCGUAGUGUAUUCCAGCUGUGCCGCAUAAUAUCUCACAUCUUAUUGUCUGUCUACAAUACAGUGUUUCUUCAAAGCAAAGUUGCAAUUAACUGAUUGAAUCAGUCUAGAAAUGAUUUAGGGGUUGAUGAAAAUGGGAACUGCAUAAUAUAAGGAUUACAAAGAUGUGAUAUUUUUAUUAUUUUUUACAAAACAAAUUGUAUGUGCGCGCGAGGGUAGCCCAUAGUGUUCUAAAUAUAUUUUAUAUUUAUUUAAUUUUUUUAUAAACACUAUGGACAAUCUUACGCGCUAAAUAUUAUGUUACAUGUUUUCAUAUUUAAAAUCUUGAAAGUUAAAAAUAAAAUGGAAUACAAAAGUAUCAAAGGGUUCAUUUUAAAUAUUUAAAAAAAUGCAGAUUCCGUAACCCCAAUAUUAUUGGAACUUUAUUUAUUAUUUUUGUGUAUGUUUUUUUACUAUAUUUUUUACCUUUUUCGUGAAGUUUAAAAAAUUUAAUUGUAACUUUAACACUCAAAGAAAUAAACUUCUUACCUGUGUGAAA